AUGAGCGCAAUCAAACCUGCUUUCAACAGCGUUGUUCGGCCCAUUACAGUCUCCGAGUUUCGAGAGGCAAUUCUAGCAACAUGCAAGCCGCGUUUCCCAAAUGUGCGGCAUGCGCGGAGGCGGCCCAUAGGCCUUGCAAUUAGCGGAGGGGUAGAUUCCAUGGCACUGGCCUAUCUGUUCUCACACUAUAUCAAAACAUACAAGACGCAGCACAUUGCCGAUAAUCCCGUUCACGACAUCCUCACGGUCACUGUCGACCAUCGUUUGCGACCCGAGAGUACAGCAGAGGCAGCCAAAGUAGCUACAAAUGACCUGAUGUCGACCCAAGCCUACAGCCAAAUAUCGAGAGUUUGGCCAGGACCCUAA